AUGUCAGCUUUUCUACUUCGCGCUCUCUCUCUCUCUCUCUCUCUCUCUCUCUCUCUCUCUCUCUCUCUCUCCGUUUUGUGUCGUUGUGUGUGUGUGUGGCUUUGCUCCCGUGACACCAGUGUGUGUGUGUGUGUGUGUGUCACCUCGGGUGACUACUGCCUCACGGCAGGCCGCGAUCGCCUCAUCAAACUGUGGAACCCACACACCCAAUUGCUUAUCAAGACGUAUAAAGGACACUCCUUGGAAGUCAACAGUGCUGAAGCGUCUCGCGACAAUUCGCGGUUCGUGUCGGGUAGCAGUGACAAAGCCGUGAUGAUGUGGGAUGUGGCCACGGGGCAAUGUAUUCGCAAAAUUCGCGCCCAUUCUGGGCCCGUCAAUGAUGUACGCCUGAACGAGGACGCCACCAUCAUUGUCUCUGCCUCUUAUGACUCGACCGUCAAGUGCUGGGACCUCCGCAGCGCCCAGCACGAGCCAGUCCAGACCCUGCCCGAAGCCACCGACAGCGUGCCCGGCUUGGAUCUCAGUGGCCACGAAAUCCUCACUGGCUCUGUGGAUGGUGUCAUUCGCAACUACGACAUGCGAAUGGGCAAGCUUCGAGCUGACACAGUCGGCGACCCCGUCACUUGCGUCCGCUUCUCCCACGACAACAACUGCAUCCUCGCUGCGAGCCUCGACGGAUAUGUCCGACUUUUUGACAAGGAUAAUGGGAGCCUCUUGGGCAGCUACACGGGUCACGUCAACUCGGAGUUUAAGGUUGACUGUGGCUUAUCCUAUAAUGAUGCCAUUGUUGCCGCGGGCUCGGAAGACGGUCACCUGCACCUCUGGGACCUGGUUAAUGGCAAAGAACUCUUCAAGCAUCAGUUCCAUCGCAAUGUCAUUUGCGCUCUCUCCUUUCAUCCGAAAACGCACAUGCAUCUGAAUCUUGCCUCCCCACAGAUGUGUCUGGCCACAGCUAGCAUUGACGGCACGGUUUGCAUCAUCAAGUCGCCUGCCGAUGUCAUGAAGACCCUCGCUAAGACGGAAAGCGAUGAGUGA